AUGUAACAUGUGUAUGUAUUUAUAUCGAAACAAUAUUUUGGGAUCGAAAUAGGUGGGAUGUAAAAUAUUAUACCAAACAAAUACGGAGUAUUUGGUACUGUAUAGUGUAACCGGAGGUAUAAGUAGCAAUUUGCAAAACUGCCUGGCCUUCCGCCAUUUUUUUAUUUUUUGAAAACGAAUUGAAAUUGAAGAUUGCCUGUUGAUCGGAAAUGGUGGUGGCGAAGGAACUCGGCGGCGGAGCACAGAAUCUCCCGGCGGAUGUUACUCAAUUGAUCGAUCAACUCGAGCGCCACUGCUUAGCUCCCGAUGGCUCUCUCCUCUCCAAAUCCACCUUCCACGAUCUCAAACUCGCGAGGGAGGAGAUGACGAAAGAGCGACAGCGCUAUCUGGAAGCUUCGGCAGUUUACACAGAAGCAAUUGGGAUGGUGGAAGAGUGUCAGCAAGCUCUUUCUGUGGUCCGCAUUGGUGGGAUUCGAGACGUUCAAGGUCACUACCCUCAGAUUGGUCUGAAAGCCCCUCCCCAGGUAUAUGAGGCCCUUGAACAUCGGAUGGCAGUCGCAGAAGCUGCUCAAAGAUUGAGGCUACCUCUGAUUUCCAAAGAUGGUGAGCUUCAGGAUGAUGAAAUUGACAGGUGGAGUACACCUUCAAGAAGUUCCCUUGACAGUACUAGCACCAGUGUCACAAUGAGCUCGAAUUUGACUAAUCUGUAUACAAGUGGCAUGGCUGCUGCUGGAAAUAGUGCGCCAUCCACUGAUGCUUCAGAACCUUUUAUUGGUGGUGUUCCUAAUCAGUACCUAGGAAUAACACCUAGUUAUUUAUGGCAAUCUCAGCUCCUGCAGUCACCAUUAUGCAUGGACAUGACAGAGUAUCAGAUAUUGCUUUCACGUGAAAUUGGAAGUCGGUUAGAUGCCAAAUGUGAUAAGUUAGCAGAUGUUAUUGCUUUAGACGACAUUGAUCCAUCCAUCACUAAUCAAAUACCAACUGCUCGCCUCCCAGAGAGGGUAAAGGUAAAAAUUGAGGAGAUUGAGAGAGAAGAAGCAACCUUGUGUGAAGAUUUGUACUCGUCCGACAGAAAAUUUGCAGAAUAUUACAAUGUUUUGGAGCAGAUACUUGUAGUGCUUAUCAAGCUCGUCAAAGACAUAAAGUUGCAACAUCAGCAUAAAUAUGAUGAGCUGCAAAAGACUUGGCUGAGCAAAAGAUGUGAUACCAUGAGUGCAAAGUUGAGGGUUUUAGAGCACAUUCUCCUGCUCGAGACGUAUACACCGGACACAAUUCCAGCACUACAUAAGAUAAGGAAGUAUUUGAGUGAAUCAACAGAAGAAGCUACACUUGCACAUAAUAAAGCGAUUACCCGCCUUCGUGAGUACCAGGGCGUUGAUCCUCAUUUUGACAUGAUUGCAAGACAAUACCAUGACAUUGUCAAGAAAUUGGAAGGUAUGCGUUGGACUAUUCAACAAGUGGAAAUGGACCUGAAGCGUAUGCCUGCUCCUCAUCCCAGCACCUAAGUAUGUCUCUCCCAUCAGAAACUCACAAGUUAUGCAACGAUACAAACCAUGCCACUUUAUUGCAUUAGUAUUGUACUACCUCCAUUUCAUAUGUUUCUGCUCGUUUUUACUCGACACACUUUUUAUUGUAAAAUAUUUGACUCCAAUUUUGCCCUUGGUGGUGCAGGAGAUGUAAAAUACUCCGUAAAAAAUAAGGAUAAAAUAG